AUGCACUUUUUAAUGAGAGCAAUUUCAUUAAGAAUUUCAUCAAAAAAAACAACCAAUCAAAUGACCAAAAGUAAGGACACAGAUCAAGACUCCUCCUCAUUCAAUAAUAAGAGAAAGAGAGGUGAGAAUCAAUAUGAUGGUAUUGAAAAGAGUCAAACUAAACAAGUAAAGAGGAGUCCAGAACUGAGAGAGGCUCAUGUGUACUUUAAUUCUGGAACUGGUAAUGUUCCUCAUUAUUCUAAUGAUUCAUCCUCUGUGCAAUCUUCCUCAUUCUCCAAUAGUAGUAACACAUCCUCAACUUCCUCUAAUGAAAUGAGUUCUUCAUCUCUGUGGAAUGGACAAGCACAUCAACAACCAAGUAUAAUUUUCAAUAUUAAUUGUAGAGUCAAUAAUUCAUAUUAUCAAACUGGUACAUUCAAUUAUUCCAAUCCAUUUUCACAACCAUUAUCUCAAUCAAUGAAUAAUGUUUCAUUCAAUUCCGCUAAUAAUACAUCUACUAGGUCUUCAUCUAGAUUGGGUAAAACACAAAUGAAUCAAGACGACGAUUCAGAUGACGAAUUGGAUAAUGAUUCAAUUCUAACAGAUUUAACUGAUUAUUAA